AUGGAUAUCCAAGAGGCGCAAGCCUACCUGCAGGACUCGCUCCAUGAAAUCUCCCAGGCCUUCCAGAAAGUCCCCGGAAGUUCCGUCUUGAUCCGCUACAUCCAGUCCAGCUACCAGAACGAUCCCGUCCGGUCCUUCAUCGAACUCAUCCUCGUCAUAUUCUUCGUGCGAUACCUCCUGUCGCCUUCGUACGCCACCCACGGUCCCAACUAUGUCAAACUACGCGAGGACGAAAUCGACGAGCUUGUUAAGGAGUGGGAGCCCGAGCCCCUGGUCGGUGAGCAGACCGCUUUCGAGGAGAUCGAGGCUGAGAAGGUCCCUGUCAUUGUUGGGCCGACUGGACCGAAGGUCAAGCUAUUGAACGGCAGGACGGUGACGAACCUGGCAUCGUACAACUUCUACAACCUGAACGCGAGCGAAUCGAUAAAGGAGAAGGCUAUUCAGACGCUGCGCACCUACGGAGUAGGCCCUUGCGGACCACCCCAAUUCUACGGCACCCAAGAUGUCCACAUGACCACCGAAGGCGAUAUCGCCUCCUUCCUCGGCACGCAGAGCAGCAUCGUCUAUGCCCACGCCUUUUCCACCAUCACGAGUGUCAUUCCGUGUUUCUGCAAGCGCGGCGAUGUCAUUGUCGCCGACAGGAUGGUCAACUACUCGAUUCGUAAAGGACUGGAAGCUUCCAGGAGCACUAUCCGAUGGUACAAGCACAACGACAUGGAAGACUUGGAACAAGUCAUGAGGAAGGUUGCUCAGGAGCAGGCGAAGAAGAGGAUCCUGACCAGGCGGUUCAUCGUCACCGAGGGUAUAUUUGAGAUGGUUGGCGACUGCUCUGAUCUUCCCACGCUUAUUGAAUUGAAGGAGAAGUACAAGUUCCGCCUGGCCCUUGACGAGACUUGGUCCUUUGGUGUACUGGGCCGCAAUGGCCGGGGACUUACGGAGGCUCAAAAUGUUGACGCUGAAGCUGUGGACAUGAUCUUGGGCUCCCUCUCAGGACCUCUCUGCGCGGCCGGUGGGUUCUGUGCCGGAUCAAAGGACGUGGUUGAGCACCAACGCAUCAACGCCGCGGCGUACACGUACUCGGCAGCUUUGCCAGCCAUGUCGGCAGUGACGGCUAGCGAAACUCUGAACGUGCUCCAGUGCAAUCCCGAGAUCCUAAUCCAGUGCCGCGAAAACAUCCGCGCCAUGCGGGCACAGCUAGAUCCACGCAGCGACUGGGUGAAGUGCACGAGUGAUGCUGAAAAUCCGGUCAUGCUAUUGGUGCUCAAGCCCGAGGUAGUACAGCAGAGGCAAUUAAGUGUCGCAGACCAGGAGCGGCUCUUCCUAGAUUGCGUGGAGGAGACUCUCGCCAACGGGGUGCUCAUCACACGAUUGAAGACGACGCCGUUGAUCAGCAGCUUGGGGGCGCAGAACGCGGAGGUGAACAUCCAGCCUGCGCUCAAGGUCUGCAUCACGUCGGGCCUAUCCAAGAAGGAGAUCGAGAAGGCGGGGGUCACGAUUCGCCAUGCCAUCACCAAGGUCAUGACACGGAAAACGAACAGACAGCCGACACUGGCUGGUUAG